CAAGUCUGGUUCAACAACUUCACUCAUUCUUCUUCGACUCCAGACAGGGACCUAAACGGAACACAGACCGGACAUCAUCGAAGGACAUAGAAGCGUACAAGAACAAUCGACCUUGGAAAAGUCACCGACCAUGUCGAGCCCACCAAUGCUGUACUCCAUGAGUAUUCCAAUCUUUAUCAGACAGCUCAAAAGUCUUCGACAAUUCCUCCAGAAGGGCGAGAAUUGGCUCAAAGAGAAUGGACACCCAGAGUCGAAGCUCAUAGAAGCUCGUCUGGCUCCGGACAUGCACCCUCUUCCAUUCCAAAUUCAAACUUGCACAGACGACUCAUUUAAACUUCUCACCCGUAUGCUCAAUGCUAAAGUCACGUUCCCGCCGCGAGAGGAAACUACUUUUGCUGGGUUGUAUGCGAGAAUAGAUAAAGCUCUGUCGGUGCUGGAGGAUGUGAAGCCUGAGAAGUUUGAGGGGUUAGAAGGAAAGGAGAUCAGGUUUCGAGCCGGGCCUUAUGAGGUCAAGUAUGACGGCGUGACGUAUCUGCAGGAGGUUGCGUUGGCGAAUUUCUUGUUCCACGCCUCAAUCGCUUAUGCGCUGUUGAGAAAGGAAGGCGUGCCUUUGGGAAAGUUUGACUUCAUUGGAGGUCCAAGCAAAGGCAUGGAGAAGGUAGAAUGAAAGCUCGUGACUUGUGGUAAGUAUAACGCGCAAGCUGGUCGUGAGUUUAAAUAUGUACAGAAGAAUAACACAGUCUCCGAUCACAAAUUCCUCGCUUCAAAUUGCUCAGCAAUCUUCAAGUAGAGCGAGG